AUGAAUCAACUAUUCGCGUUAUUAGAAAAGAAUUUGACUUUACAUUUCAGAUCAAAUUAAUUUUGGAUAAAUCUAUAUGUACCAAUUCUAAAUGUAAUUUUAUCAUUAAUUGUUUCCUACAAAAAUAAUUUAACAUACUUGUUUUUAUUAAUACUUAUUUGUUUAAACAAUAAUGGUGUUUUAAGAUAAUCAUUAAUAUUAUUAGUGAGAGAAAAGAGCGGAAAAUUCAAGGAGUUAUAAUAAUUAAUGGGAUUAAGUUCAUAUGCUUAUUAUGCAUCUUGGAUAAUAACAUUUUUUGUUAUGACUUUUGGUGUUUCACUAAUUUAUUUAAUACCAUUUACAGAAUUCAAACUUAAUGAAGUAGGAGAUGGAUCCUUAGGAAUUGGAAUGUUAAUAUUAGGAUAAUUAUUAUAUAGUUGGUCUCUUGCAUCUUUUGUAUUAUUUUUAAGUUCAUUUUCAAAGACUUCAAAUAAGGCUAGUGAAUUUAUUGGUCUUUUGAAUGUAGUAUUAACAUUUGUUUUGAUUUUUAAUUUUGUACCAGAACCAAAAUUAACAUUUCUAAGUUAAUUACCUACACUUUUUGUACCAUAGACAGCAUUUUAAAUGCUAUUAUUAAGUUCACGUUGGAUAUUUAAAGGUUAAGGAUUUUUAUUCAAACCUGGAAUAUAUAUUGGUUGUUUAAUAUUUUAGAUUAUAAGUUAUACUCUUGGAUUUAUAUAUUUUGAUUAAGUGUUGAGUGGAUCUAAGAAACUAUUUUUCUUAUGCAAUUUCUGCAGAAAGAAUACAUAAAUUUAUACUGAUUUUGAAGAUGAAUAAAACAAAAAUUCAAUAUAUUUAAAUAUAGAAUCAGAUGAAUUAUACAAGCCAAUGUUAAAUAUUCAAGAUUAAAAAAUAGAAAAUUUUGAAUAACCAUUUAUAUUAGUUAAAAAUAUGUGGAAAAAGAUUAAUAAUCAAUAUAUUCUCAAAGAUGUAAAUAUGUAAAUAUAUCAAAAUGAGAUUUAUUGUUUAUUAGGACCUAAUGGAGCUGGAAAAUCUACAUUAAUGAAAAUAUUAUCUGGUAUUAGUGAAAAAACAAAAGGAAAAAUCAACAUUUUGGGAUAAAGCAUUGAAAAUAAACAUUUUAAAAAUCAGAUUGGUAUUUGCUUAUAAUAAGAUAUUUUAUAUCCAGAACUAAAUGUUUAUGAGCAUUUAGAAUUUUAUGGAUAAUUAAGAAAUAUAGAAUAUAAAGAAUUAUAACAAUAAAUAAAUUAUAUUUUACAAGUAUGUCAAUUAAUAAAUGAAUCUAAUUUAAAGCCAUGUUAAUUGAGUGGUGGAAAUAAGAGAAAAUUGAGUUUCGCAAUAUCUCUAAUUGGAAACUCUAAAAUAAUAUUUUUAGAUGAACCAUCAUCAGGAAUGGAUUCAUUAACAAAAUAAUAAAUUUGGGAUGUGAUAAAAGAAAUGAAAAAGAAUAGGGCUAUUGUAAUGACUAGUCAUAAUAUGGAAGAAGCUGAUGAAUUAGCUUCAAGAGUUGGAAUACUCAUAAAUGGAUAAAUUGUGACUCAAGGAACUCCUGAUUUUAUUAAGCUUAAUUUUGGAGUUGGUUAUCAUUUAUAAAUGGACUUUUCAGAUUAAAAUUAAUUAAUAUAAGAGAAAUCUUGUAUCUAAACUUAGCUAUAAAAAAUAGAUAGUUAUAUUCCUCUAAUUUAAUGUGCUCCUACUUCCCUUAAAAGUAUUUUACCAGUAAAAAAAAUUCAUUUGUUUCAUGAACUCUUAAAUUAUUUAGAAUAGAAUUCUUAAUGUAAAUUUUCACUUUCAUAAAACUCUUUGGAAGAUUCAUAUCUUGCAAUAGAUUAUUAAUAUGGAAAUUAAACUAUAGAUUAGUAUACUUAGAGAGUGUUUCAAUAAAGACCUAAGAUAGAUUUCAAAGCUCAGCUUAUAGGAUUAACAUUGAGAAAACUAUUAAUUUUAUUAAGUUCUACUGAUACAUAAGUGAGAUUUUUACUACCACUCCCAUUAAUACUUUUAGCUGUUAUAAUUGGAAUUUAUUCUUCUUUCUUAUUUGUAUUUUUAUAUCUUGGAAUUAAGGCACUUACAUCUACUUUAUAUGCUAUAAUUCAAUUAGAAGAUAAAGAUACAAAAAUUAAAUAAUAUAUGUUUGCAAGUGGAGUUUAAAUACAUACUUAUUGGCUCAGUAUUGUUAUUACUGAUAUAGUUCCAUCUAUUAUUGAAGGUCUAUUUACAGCAAUAUUAUUAUUUAUCUUUAAUAUUGGACAUUUUAGAUCCAAUUUUUUUAAAGUUUUCUUUAUCAUUACUAUUUUUGGAGUCUCUUUGAGUUGUUUUACAAAUUGGUUAUCAAUUAAAUAUAACAAAUCAUAAAAUGCUUAUAUUGGAAUUCCACAAAUAUAAUUUUUUGUAUUUUUCCUAUUUUUUUUUAUAUUAAUGAUUUAAGUGGCUCAUCCAGAAUGUUCAAUAGGAUUAAAUAUGAUUGCAAUGUUCUUAAUGAUUAUUUCACCCUUUACAGCUUGUUAUUUAGGUUUGGGUAUGAGUCCAAUUUUAUUAAAUUUAGCCAUUUUCAGUUAUUAUUCAUGCAUUUUAUAUUUAAUACUAGGAGGUACUAUUUACUUUUUAAUCUUAUAUUCAACAGAGAUUAAUAGAUUAUAAUAAAUUCAAAUUAGUAUGGAUGAUACUGAUGCUGUUGUAGAUGUAUUAGAUUUAACAAAAUAAUAUGGUAAAAUUGAGAAAGUUCAAAAAUUAUCAUUGUAAAUUAAAUCUAAAGAAAUAUAUGGAUUACUUGGACCAAAUGGUGCUGGAAAAUCAACAACUUUUAAUAUGAUUAGUAAAUUUGAUAAACCAACAACAGGUUAAGUAAGAAUUAGAGAUAUUUAAACUAAUAUUGGUUUAGUCCCAUAGUUUUGUCCAUUUAAUCCUACAUUAACAAUUUAUCAACAUCUCAAAAUUUAUGGAAUUUUAAAAGGUUAACAAAAUUUGACAAAUACAAUUGAAGUUUAUUUAAAGGCUCUUGAUUUAUAUUAAUUUAAAGAUAGAUAAGUCUAAUUCUUAAGUGGAGGUGAAAGAAGAAAAGUUUAAUUAGGAAUAGCUUUAAUUGGAGGAUCUAAUCGAUUAUUUAUGGAUGAACCUACAACUGGAUUAGAUCCUAAAUCAAGAAGAAUCAUUUAAUAGAUUUUAUUAUAAUCAACAAUAAACAAUGAUGCUUCAGUUCUAUUAACUACACAUUCAUUAUAAGAGGCUUAAAGUAUAUGUAAUAGAAUUGGUAUCAUGGUCAAUGGAAACUUGAUCACUUCUGGAACUUUAAAUGAAUUAAGAACUUAAUUAGGUGAAUAAGCUAGAUUUAGUGUUAAAUGUAAUAUAGGUAAAAAAGAAUAAGUUCAUCAAACUAUAUAGUUAUAACUAUCAUAACAAUUCUAAAUAUAAUCUAUCCCAGAAUACAGAGAAAAGUACUAUAUUUAAACUAUUUAUUAGUUAUUUGUCAUAUUAGAUCCCUGUUGGUCAUUUUAAAUUAUCUAAAUUAUUUUAAUAUUUAUAAUUAGAGCUUAAAUAAAAAUAAUUGUUGAUAAAUGAUUUCUCUAUUUAUUAACCAAACUUAGAAUAAAUUUUUGCAUUCUUUGCUUCUUAAUAAAUUAGAGGAAUCAACUAAAAUUUAUUAAAUGAUUCUGAAAAUAAUCAAAAUGAUUUUGGAGAUAGAGUUAGAGCUAUCUUGGCAUUUUUCUGUAUAUUUUGGUGA